UCAUUCACCAUUCUGUUUGAUUCCCUAUUCAUCAUCAUUCCACCAACUUUUCAAAGGGGCACGUGCUUUCUCUUCAUAGUACUUUUGAUAGGUUUUGAGGGCUAAGUUUUGAGUUGUGGUUUCAACUUUCAACCAAGAUGGACAUCACUCUGAGGCUAAUCAAUAUGGCUUUUUUCUUGCUGUUACUCAUAUGGUUUUUGAUACAUCUUUUCAAGAAAAACAGAGGAGAAGAAGAUUUUGCAGAAAAAAUACAGCCUACAUUUUUCAGCAAGAUUACAAUUUUAUUGAAUGUGUUAAUAGCCAUUGCUUACUUGGGAUUUUGUUUCCAUGAAUUGUGGAAGUUGAAAACUUUUGUGUUUGAAGAGUCUGUUUUUUCAGCCAUGACAUGGAGUUUGUCAAGUGCAGUUUCAAUCUAUGCAUUAAACAAAGAGAAAAGGUGGCCAUUAUUACUCAUUAUAUGGUGGGUCUUUUCAAGUAUUUUUGAUAUAUUUUUAGUCUCACUUCAUCUUCUCAACCAUUAUAAUAUUUAUUAUACAAAACCCCCACAUUUUCUGCCUAAGACAAAUAUAAUUGAUUUUGCUUCCCUACCACUGUCAAUUCUCCUAUGUUUCAAUGCCCUGCCUGAUUGUUCUGCCAAGAAAUACAAUGAAAUUGAGCAGCCAUUUCUUCAGAAAGAAGUAAAUAGACAUGAUGCUGAUGCAUUUUCUAAUGCUGGCAUUUGGAGCCAACUCACAUUCUUGUGGCUUAAUCCACUAUUCAACAAAGGUCAUGAGGAAAAGCUGAGAGUAGAACACAUACCUUCAAUUCCUAAUUCUGAGAGUUCCAGUGAAGCUUCUGCUUUAUUGGAAGACGCGUUUCGGACAAAGAAAACUACUAGUUUCUCCCUCCCUGAUGCCAUACUCCACAUGAUUUGGAGACCACUUGCCUAUAAUGCUGUCUUUGCAGGAGUCAACACAAUUGCAUCCUAUACUGGUCCUUUGCUAAUAACAAGUUUUGUAAAAUUUUUGUCUGAAAAGAAAGAUGAGUCCAAUUGGCAAGAAGGAAUGAUUUUAGCCUUCAUCUUUUUCUUUGCCAAAACAAUUGAGUCACUGUCACAAAGGCAAUGGUAUUUUGGAGCUCACCGGAUUGGUGUUCGAGUGAGAGCAGCUCUGAUGGCAUUAAUAUAUAAAAGAACUUUGUCGAUCAAGUAUGGCGGUACAAAAGAUGGAAAGAUCAUAAACUUCAUCAAUGUUGAUGUUGAGAGAAUUGGGGAUUUCUGCUGGUAUAUUCAUGGAGUUUGGCUGCUUCCUGUUCAGGUUAUACUUGCCCUGGUUAUCUUGUACAAGAAUUUAGGUGCUGCUCCCUCUGCUGCUGCUUUUCUUUCAACCAUAUUCGUGAUGGUAAGCAACACACCGCUUGCCAAUAUGCAAGAGCAGCUCCACUCAAAGAUAAUGGAAGCGAAGGACGUGAGAAUUAAAGCCACUUCAGAGACCUUGAAAAGCAUGAGAGUGUUGAAACUACACUCAUGGGAGUCCACUUUCUUCAAGAAGCUGCUUCAACUUAGACAAAAUGAGAGAGGAUGGCUUAAGAGAUACCUUUAUACAUGUUCUGCUGUGGCUUUUCUCUUUUGGGCGUCACCAACACUAGUUUCAGUUGCAACCUUUGGUGUUUGUAUCAUGUUAAAAACACCAUUAACAUCAGGAGCAGUUCUCUCAGCACUAGCAACUUUCAGGAUACUACAAGAACCAAUCUACAACUUGCCCGAACUCAUUUCCAUGAUUGCACAGACAAAGGUUUCAGUUGAUAGGAUUCAAGACUUCAUGAGAGAGGAAGAUCAAAAGAAGUUAACAAGCUAUCUUGCUCCUUAUAAUAAUACAUCUGAAGUGGCAAUUGAACUUGAGCCAGGAGAGUAUGCUUGGGGCACAAAUGAGUUGAAGAAAUCAACGAUUAAGAUAACCGAGAAAAUCAGGAUCAUGAAAGGGUGGAAAGUGGCAAUCUGUGGUUCAGUGGGAUCAGGAAAGUCAAGCUUACUCUGUAGUAUUAUGGGAGAGAUUCCUACGAUUUCUGGAUCUAGUAUUAAGACUAAUGGUUCAAAGGCAUUUGUACCACAAAGUGCCUGGAUUCAGACGGGCACCGUUAGAGACAAUGUUCUUUUUGGCAAGGAAAUGAAUAAGGCUCGUUAUGAUGAUAUCGUGGAACGAUGUGCUUUGAAACGUGACAUUGAGAUGUGGGCUGAUGGAGAUCUAAAUUCGGUAGGAGAAAGAGGAAUGAACCUAAGUGGUGGACAAAAGCAGAGAAUUCAGUUGGCUAGAGCUAUUUAUAGUGAUUCAGACAUCUAUAUAUUAGAUGACCCUUUCAGUGCUGUUGAUGCACAAACUGGAGCUCAUAUGUUCAAGGCAAGUACUACAUCCUACUUUUAUCGAUUUUUUUUCAGUAAUCGAGUUGCUCUUAUUGAUUUUCUACAACCCUUCAUCAUAUUGCAGAAAUGCCUAAUCCAACAUCUACAUAAUAAAACUGUUGUUUAUGCCACUCACCAGUUGGAAUUUUUAGAUGCUUCUGACCUCAUCCUGGUAAUGAAAGAUGGUAGAAUUGUUCAGUCAGGAAAGUAUAAUGAGUUGAUUACAGACCCUGACGGUGAGCUCCUAAGACAUAUGGUGGCUCACAGCAAAUCAUUAGAUCAGGUGAACCCUUCCCAAAAAUGCAGCUGCAUGACCAAGGGUAAGCAUCAGAAUAACCAAAUUGAAGUCGAAGAGAGUUUUGAAGAUCUUACCUGUGACGACAAGAUCUUAGGAAGAACUGAGCAGGAAGAUGCAGUAUCUGGUCGAGUUAAAUGGCAGGUCUACUCGACUUUUGUCACUUCGGCAUACAAAGGGGCCCUUGUACUUCCGGUCCUUCUAUGUCAAGUUCUCUUCCAGGGAUUGCAGAUGGCAAGCAACUACUGGAUUGCAUGGGGAACUGAAGAAGAAGGCAGGGUUACUAGAGAGCGAUUGAUUGGAAUAUUUGUGCUGAUGUCAGGGGGAAGCUCUUUUUUCAUCUUAGGAAGAGCAGUUAUGCUGUCAACUAUUGCAAUUGAGACUGCUCAGAAGCUCUACGUUGGGAUGAUCACAUCAAUCUUCCGAGCGCCCUUGUCAUUCUUCGACUCCACUCCUUCCAGCAGAAUUCUGAAUAGGUCUUCUACAGACCAAAGCAUUGUGGACACAGAUAUUCCGUAUAGAUUGGCUGGACUAGCAUUUGCACUUAUUCAAUUAUUGAGCAUUGUUGUCCUUAUGUCCCAUGUUGCUUGGCAGAUCUUUUUUCUCUUCCUUCUGGUACUUGCCAUCUCCAUGUGGUAUCAGGCAUAUUACAUUACCACUGCUAGAGAACUGGCAAGGAUGAUUGGCAUUCAGAAAGCUCCAAUCCUGCAUCAUUUCUCUGAAUCUCUCACCGGUGUAGCAACCAUUCGUUGUUUUAAUCAGGAGGACCGAUUCUUGAAUAAGAACUUGAAGCUCAUUGAUAAUUAUUCUCAUGUUGCCUUUCACAACUCUGCUACAAUGGAAUGGCUCUGUGUUCGAAUCAACUUUCUCUUCAAUCUGAUAUUCUUCUUUCUUCUUGUCAUCCUGGCAAACCUUCCACGGAAGGCUAUCGACCCCAGUUUAGCAGGACUAGCAGCUACCUAUGGCUUAAAUCUUAAUGUUCUCCAAGCUUGGGUUAUAUGGAACCUUUGCAAUGUUGAGAACAAAAUGAUCUCAGUGGAGAGAAUACUUCAGUUUAGCAAUGUUCCUAGUGAAGCCCCACUGAUAAUUGAAAAGUCCAGGCCGGAACCCAAUUGGCCGCUAAAAGGAAGGAUCGAAAUGAAGGAACUUCAUGUGCAAUACAGCCCUGAUCUCCCAAGAGUACUAAAAGGUAUAACAUGCACCUUUCCGGAGGGAAAGAAAAUUGGUGUAGUUGGAAGAACAGGAAGUGGAAAGUCUACUUUGAUCCAAGCUCUGUUCAGGGUUGUGGAACCAUCUGAGGGAUGCAUUCUUAUCGAUGGAAUAGACAUUUCGAGGAUUGGUUUGGAAGACCUAAGGUCUAGGUUGAGUAUAAUACCACAAGAUCCAACUUUGUUCCAAGGAACAAUUAGGACUAAUCUUGAUCUGUUACAACAACAUUCAGAUCAUGAUAUCUGGGAGGUCUUGCACAAAUGUCAUUUGGCUGAGAUAGUGAAGCAGGAUCCAAGGCUUCUUGAUGCACCAGUUGCAGAAGACGGAGAAAACUUGAGCGUGGGUCAAAGGCAGAUUGUGUGCCUAGCUAGGGUGUUGCUACAAAAAAGGAGAAUAUUGGUACUUGAUGAAGCUACUGCUUCAGUGGAUACAGAGACAGACAAUGUCAUUCAGAAAACUAUAAGAGAAGAAACAUAUGGAUGCACAGUUAUAACAGUGGCUCAUCGGAUACCCACAGUCAUCGAUAAUGAUCUUGUUCUAGUUCUUGGUGAAGGAAAAAUUCUCGAGUUUGAUACUCCUGACCAGUUAUUGAGGAACAGUUCUUCCGCAUUUUCAAAUUUGGUGACAGAAUUCUUGCGGAGAUCAUCCAAGGGGUAACUUAAAAGCAUAGCACAAGGCACAUGUGAUAGUACAUUUAGUUUCUAACCUCUAAAGGAAUGACUGACCGAUUCAAUAUUAAUGUGGCGUUGUACAGUACAGAAUCACAAACUGAAAUCAAGAAAUAGAGCAAGUUGAGCAGCUAUAACUGGAUUAAUUCAUUUACUAUACCGCAGCCACUUCUACAAGUACAUACUGUAUCUAAUAACUGCCAACCAAAGGUGACAUGAAAUCUGUAGGAUAUUUUCAGUGGUUAUUCUUAAUCCUUACCUCAUACUCAUAGUUCAUGUACUUAAUUAGUUAUUUCUUGAUGCAACAGAAAACUUGAAUAGA